CUUAAAUAUGGAGUAAACACCACCACCAUCAUUUAACUCACAAUCAAACUCAUUUAUCAAAUUCAUGAAAAUCUCUACAAACAUUUUCCUUCUUCUUCAUAAAACCCUUCACAGAAGCAACACAACAAACAAUAAUCCAAAUCACUACAAGCAACACAUCAAUCAUCAAAUUAAAACAAAUAUUGCAAAAAUUGAUACAAUAAUCAAGAGUUUCUUGCUUUCACCAUCGCCAUCUCAGGAUUUAGCUGCAAUUGAAAGCAUGCCGUUGGCUUUAGAGAAUGUUGUAAAUGUAGUUUUCUAUGGAUCCAACGAUAUGGCCGCGGAGGACGCUGAAGUUCAGUUAGAAUUAUGCAGAAAAUUUGAAGGUUUUUUAGUUAGUUUUCCAGAUUUGGCCGAUGAGUUUUAAAUUUGAUGAUAGGUGUGUUUGAUAAAUGAGUUUGAUUGUGAGUUAGAUGAUGAUGGUGGUGUUUAUUCCAUAUCUAAGGAUUUGAUUAUAUCGUUUUUA